AUGUCUGCACCGCUAAACGCCUUCAACCUCGAGACGUGUGCUCGUCCCAACAUCUUGGCUCUCGAGCCUUAUAGAUGCGCCAGAGACGAUUACAAGGACGAUGGCACAAACAUUCUUCUGGACGCAAACGAGAACGCCUACGGUCCUGGUCUGUCGGUCGACAACGACUCUGGCAAGCUGAAGAAUGCUCUCAACGGCAAUGCAAGCGUCGAGAUUGACCUUCUCGGCCUCAAUCGCUACCCCGAUCCCCACCAGCCUGAGCUCAAGCAACUGCUCUGCACCCUUCGCAACACCCGCACCCACACACAAAAGACCUUGACACCAGAGAACCUGUUCGUUGGCGUUGGCAGCGACGAGGCCAUCGACGCUCUCAUCCGCGCCUUCUGCACUCCCGCAAAAGACAAGAUCUUGACAUGUCCCCCGACCUACGGCAUGUACUCUGUCUCGGCCCAAGUCAACGAUGUCACCGUCGUCAAGGCCCCGCUGGACGUCAACAACGACUUCGCUCUCCAACCCUACCUCAUCAACGAGAUGCUGUCUCAAGACGCCCACAUCAAGAUGGUCUACAUCUGCUCACCAGGAAACCCUACCGCCAACCUCGCCCGCAAGCAAGACGUCGAAGCUGUCCUCCGUCACCCAACCUGGAACGGUAUCGUCGUCCUGGAUGAGGCCUACAUCGACUUUGCCCCCGACGGCACCUCGCUCGCCGAAUGGGUAAACGACUGGCCCAACCUCGUCGUCAUGCAGACUCUCUCCAAAGCCUUCGGUCUCGCGGGAAUCCGUCUGGGAGCUGCCUUUACCUCGCCCCCGAUCGCUCGCCUCUUGAACUCCCUCAAAGCUCCUUACAACAUCUCGAACCCCACCUCACAACUCGCCAUCGCUGCCCUCCAACCCAAGAACCUUGCCGUCAUGCGCGAGAACCGCGACAAAAUCAUCCAGCAGCGCGACAGAAUGCUGAAAGAAAUGCCAAACAUUCCCGGCAUUGGCAGAUUCCGCGGCGGCGCAGCAAGCAACUUCCUUCUAGUCGAAAUGCUAGACGCCAACAACCGACCGAGCAACGACAUUGCCCUCGCCGUCUACGAACAGCUCGCCGAAGCUCGCGGUGUAGUCGUUCGCUUCAGAGGCAAGGAGCCCGGUUGUCUGGGCUGUCUGCGCAUCACUGUCGGUACGGAAGCCGAAGUCACCCGCUUCCUCAGGGAAAUCUCUUCUGUGCUUGACACCGUGAGGAAUGCUCAGCAAGGCAAGAAGCUUGACGAGAGCGAGCAAAAGACCGAGGACAAAGCUGAGGAACAAGCGAACGAUGUUAUCGCUUAG